UAGAUUGAGUAACCGUAGUUUGGCCGCAAGGUGCUUUCAGCAUAUCAGAGCUGAUAAGUGCAAACACACGUGUGGACGAGAAAAGAAGAUCAAGAAAAUCAGCACUUCAGGGUACACCGCACGGCUGCACGGCAUGCUGCGGUGGUGCGACGGCCCCAGGAUCGUCGCUCCCACGCCGCCUCCGCCCACACCGGCGCUGCAGCUGCCGCGCCGGCACGCGCCCCCGCGGGCAGCGCGCAGCCGCAGGUCCUACCGCCUCCGGCCGUGCAGGGCGAAGAAGCCCGCGAACGAGGAGCGAGCCAGAGGUAGCGCGCUCUCCAAGAGCGUCCUGCUGCGGUCCGCCGUCGCGCUCUUCGCCCUCGGCUUCGUCGACGCCGGGUACAGCGGAGACUGGUCUCGCAUCGGCGCCAUCUCCAAGGACACCGAGGAGCGGCUCAAGUUGGGCGCCUACGUCGUCGUUCCGCUCUCUGUGGCCCUCGUAUUUUCGUUAUCCCAAGACAGUAGCAGGUAAAUCUUAGGAUCUGGCAAGAGCGAACUGCAUAUCGUCGUUCGUAGCACUCAAGAAAGGGGGUUGUAGACUUGUGCUGGAUCGGUUCUCGUGCUCUGUGCUACCGGUGUCCUGGAAUAAAACCAGAAUGUGUUUCUGUGAUUUUAUCAGUUUUUCUUUCUGAAGAGAAAACACGUGAGCGCAAGUAAAUAAGCGGCAGUUUGCAAUACAUUUGGAUUGGAGGGAUC